GUGUUGUUCCUAUGUGGGUCGUCGUGGCAACGGGCCCCAGGCUAUCUCCAUAGGCAAGAACUGUGACAAGUUUGGCAUCGUGGUGCACGAACUGGGCCACGUCAUCGGCUUCUGGCACGAGCACACGCGGCCCGACCGCGACGAUCACGUGACCAUCAUCCGGGACAACAUCCAACCAGGCCAAGAGUAUAACUUCCUCAAGAUGGAGCCAGGGGAGGUGAACUCCCUCGGGGAGCCAUAUGAUUUUGAUAGCAUCAUGCACUACGCUCGGAACACCUUCUCACGGGGGAUGUUCCUCGACACCAUCCUCCCAUCCAGAGAUGAAAACGGCGUUCGGCCUGCCAUCGGCCAGCGGACCCGGCUCAGUAAAGGAGACAUUGCACAGGCAAGGAAGCUGUAUAGAUGUNNNNCAUGCGGAGAGACGCUUCAAGAGUCAACGGGCAACUUCUCGUCUCCUGGUUACCCCAACGGAUACCCUUCAUACACUCACUGUGUGUGGAGAAUAUCUGUUACACCUGGGGAAAAGAUUGUUCUCAACUUUACCACCAUGGAUCUGUACAAGAGCAGUCUGUGCUGGUACGACUACAUCGAGGUCCGGGAUGGAUACUGGAGGAAAGCUCCGCUGCUCGGCAGGUUUUGUGGAGAUAAAGUUCCUGACGUCUUGAUUUCCACCGAUAGCAGAAUGUGGAUUGAGUUCCGCAGCAGCAGCAACUGGGUGGGAAAAGGCUUUGCUGCCGUGUAUGAAGCGAUCUGUGGGGGGGAGAUCACCAAGGACUCGGGACAGAUUCAGUCGCCCAACUACCCCGACGACUACAGACCGUCCAAAGAGUGUGUGUGGAGGAUCACUGUGUCCGAGGGCUACAACGUCGGGCUCAGCUUCCAGGCCUUCGAGAUUGAGAGGCACGACAGCUGUGCGUACGACUACCUGGAGGUUCGGGAUGGCCCCCUGGAGACCAGCCCCCUGAUAGGUCGCUUCUGCGGCUACGACAAACCCGAGGACGUGCGCUCCACGUCACACACGCUCUGGAUGAAGUUCGUCUCAGACGGGACGGUCAACAAGGCCGGCUUUGCUGCUAACUUUUUCAAAGAGGAGGAUGAGUGUGCCAAGCCAGACAAUGGUGGUUGUGAACAGAGGUGUGUAAACACCCUCGGCAGCUUCAAGUGCGCCUGUGACCCGGGCUAUGAACUGGCUCCUGACAAGAAGAGCUGUGAAGCUGCGUGUGGUGGCCUUCUCUCAAAGUUGAACGGCACCAUCAGCACCCCCGGUUGGCCUAAAGAGUAUCCACCCAACAAGAACUGCGUGUGGCAGGUGGUCGCCCCCAACCAGUACCGCAUCUCCAUGCAGUUUGAGGCCUUUGAGCUGGAGGGGAAUGAGGUGUGUAAAUACGACUACGUGGAGGUGCGGAGCGGCCUCUCGUCCGACUCUAAGCUGCAUGGGAAAUACUGCGGCACCGAGGUCCCCGAGGUCAUCACCUCUCAAUACAACAACAUGAGAAUUGAGUUCAAGUCCGACAACACGGUCUCCAAGAAAGGAUUCAAGGCCCACUUCUUCUCAGACAGACUGGCUCUGUGUCAGGAGCGUAUGUUUGUGUUUGAGUCAUGCCAGGACAUAAAGCACGGCCGCCCUCCCGCUCGUGGCCGCAUCAACAACAAGCUGGCGACCUCAUCGAGGGUCAGAG